CUCUAAUAAAAAGGCAUCCAAAAUACUAUCAAGAACUACAAUAAUUUAACUAUAAUAAUUCGAAUUAAGCUGUCCUAAAACAGGUCUUCAGGAAUAAAUAAAAAGAAAAGUAAAAAAGUAAUUAAUUUUGGUGUAGAAUGGGAGGUGGAUCAUAUUGUGAUUGAGAAGGAAGAUCGAUAAAGUUAGGGAUUGAAACAGAAUUGGAUUGGUCAUGGCUGCUGACUACUCUUUAAUUAUCUCUCUCUUUAAAACUUAUCCACUCAAAAAUUUAAUCCCCCCAGCCUCUCCAUAAAUGGCGUGGCAUUCCCCAUCACUCCCCUAAUCAUUCGCCCCCCGAUCACCUCCCAUUAUUGUUAUUCUUAUAUAUCUCUCUUCUUCUUCUUCUUUCUCAUCAACCCCUCUCAAAACCCACAACUUCUUUUAUUUUCUUCAGUUAAUUGUAUCUUCAAUUCUCUUUUGUUUUUGUUUGUUUGUUUGUUUGGCCAGCCAUGUCGUCUCUCACUUCUUCAUCCUCUUCCAUUGCUUCUUCCACUUCCCAUCUCCUCGGCCUUCCCAACACCAAUAAUAAUCUCACUUCAAGAGUGAGGUUGUUGCCGAUGAUCACCGGUUCUCUUCACCGCCGCCGCAGAGACUCUGCCGUCAGCCAUAAACAUUGGAGCACCAGUCGGAAUGCUGUUCUAAGAGAAGAGAUGGAAGCGACAGCAGUUCCGACGUCGGUGCCAGUUCGUGUAGCUCUCGAGCUUCUUCAAGCCGGGCAGCGAUACUUAGACGUUAGAACCCCGGAAGAGUUCAGCGUUGGUCAUGCUCCGGGCGCCAUUAACAUACCUUACAUGUACAGAGUAGGUUCAGGAAUGACAAGGAAUCCACAUUUCUUAGCGGAAGUGGCGAUUUAUUUUAGAAAAGAUGAUGAAAUUAUCGUUGGAUGCCUAAGUGGAAAGCGGUCUCUUAUGGCUGCCGCCGAUCUCCUUGCUGCCGGAUACAACUAUGUAACGGACAUAGCAGGUGGAUAUGAAGCUUGGUCUCGCAAUGGGCUGCCUAUGGAAUUGUAAAUCAUCACUUCCAAACUUCAUAUGCUUUCAACUGUACAGCUACCAACCACAAUUUCCUUUAAUAAGACCUCCCUCAAAUGCUCAAACCAAACUUGCAUCAGUGACAAAAGUUUUCUUUAAAAGUCAUGGAUUUGAUCUUCUCUUGUACUAAUUAAAACAAAAUCUUCCCAUAGUCUCCUUUAGUAUAGAUACUAUUGUAAUGUCCAGUGGUCUUUUCAUCGAUCGGUCUCUGUAAAUCUCAAUAAAUGUAAAUUUUAUUUUCUGAGUA